UGUUCCAAGACGCACCAGCUCAUGCAUUUGCUCACACCCACAGGGAGAGACAACACAGGACUGCCACCUCCCAUGCAAAUCAGCCCCAGGAGCGCAGCUGGACUCCUCCCGCUGCUCCUGGGCAAUGCUCCUGGGCAGACCUUGUACAAGAUGCCAUCUCGGGCGCUGUGUAUUUUUCCUCAUUGUGGCUCUUUUGAGCGACGCUGUGGGCCUGGUCCUUUUGCUGGUGGGGAUCUUCGCCACACUGAACUACUGGGACUUCUUCGUCUACACAGGGGCUCUGAUCCUGGCCCUGAGCCUACUGUUCUGGCUUGCCUGGUAUUCCUUCAAUAUCGAGGUGCCUCUUGAGAAGCUGGACUUCUAGUGUGGCCACGGACAAGAGAGAUGCAGGUGGCGUAUGCAGCUAGGAACCUGGAGCCACCUGGACAUGA